AUGGCGACCUCCGGUGGAGGUCCCCAGUGGCCAAAGCCUAGCUCCCUCCAGGGAACCCUGAGCAGUUCACGAACUGGAGCCCAGUCAAUCCUGUUGCGCCCAGAAAAUCAGCGCUGGUCUUCAUUCCCCAUGGGGCGGAGGCCGAACAUUACUUACAGAGCCUCCUCCUCCCACCUGCUCCGGCAGCUCAUUCACCCGGGUCAGGAGGCGGACGCAGACGAAAAGGAGGACAAGGACGAGGACGAGGGUAGCGAGGGGAAGGACGAAGUGGAGUCCAAGGAGUCCUCAGAGUCCGAAAUGCUGAAUUUGGAGGACGAAUUUGAUGGGGUCCUGAGAGAGGACAUGGUGGCUGAGGCACUGUCCCAGUUGGGGCGCUCAGGUUCUGGGACUGAGCAGGUCUACCUCAAUCUAAGCUUAUCGGGUCGAGACUUAAUCGACAUUAGCAUCCUUUGCGGAUAUGUUCACCUACAGAAGUUGGAUCUUUCAGCAAACAAAAUUGAAGAUUUGUCUUGUGUGAGUUGUAUGCCUUAUCUUCUAGAACUUAAUGCUUCUCAAAAUAAACUGACUACAUUCUUCAACUUCAAGCCACCCAAAAAUCUCAAGAAGGUCGACCUGUCCUGCAACCAAAUUUCUGAAUUGGGUAAUUUGUCGGCAUACCAAGCUCUCACUAAACUAAUUUUGGACAGCAACAAGAUAGAAGAAAUCCGCGGCCUGGAGCUGUGCAGCAGCCUCACUCACCUUAGUCUGGCCGAAAACAAGAUCAGAGAGAUUGAUGGCUUAGGCAUAUUACCCAUCAAAAUACUGUGCCUGAGCCAUAACCAGAUUGAGAAGAUCACGGGUUUGGAUGAUCUGAAAGCCUUACGGAUCGUGGAUCUGUCCCACAAUCAGAUCAGCAGCCUCCAAGGCUUAGAGAGCCAUGACUUCCUGGAAGUGAUCAACCUCGAGGACAAUAAGAUCGCUGAGCUGAGUGAAAUAGAAUAUAUUGAAAAUCUUCCUCUCCUUCGAGUUCUCAAUCUUCUAAGAAAUCCAAUUCAGGAAAAAUCCGAAUAUUGGUUCUUCGUCAUUUUUAUGCUACUACGAUUAACAGAAUUAGACCAGAGGAUGAUUAAAGUGGAAGAAAAGGUGAUGGCAGUGAAUAAAUACAACCCGCCCCCGGAAGUGGUCGCAGCCCAAGAUCACCUGACCCACAUUGUCCACAGCACAAUGCAGCCACAGAGGAUCUUUGACAGCACCCUGCCCAGCCUGGACGCGCCCUACCCCGUGCUGGUGUUAGCUGGCCCAGAAGCCUGUGGCAAACGGGAGCUCGCCUACCGCCUCUGCAGGCAGUUUAGCGCCUACUUCAGAUACGGGGCCGGUCACACCACAAGACCCCCUUACUUUGGAGAAGGGGACCGAGUUGACUACCAUUUUAUCUCACAAGAAGUUUUUAAUGAAAUGGUAAACAUGGGGAAAUUCAUUCUAACGUAUAAUUACAAUAACCACCGUUAUGGAUUAAAUAGGGACACGAUAGAAAGUAUUGCAAGAGAUGGUUUAGCAAGCUGUGUUCACAUGGAAAUAGAAGGUGUAAGAAGUUUGAAAUGUACCUAUUUUGAGCCUCGAUAUAUCCUGGUGGUACCCAUGAACAAGAAAAAAUAUGAGAAAUACUUACGGAGAAAAGGAUUAUUCAGUCGUGCAGAGGUUGAAUUUGCUGUCUCCAGAGUGGACCUUUAUAUUAAAAUUAAUCAGGAAUUUCCAGGAUAUUUUGAUGCAGUAAUCAAUGCAGAUGAUCCGAAUGUUGCCUACCAACAGCUGAGUCAACUCAUUAGAGAAUACCUUGGAUUGUCUGAGGAACCUGCCAAGAGCCUGGCUCCAGCUGCAGAUAUUAUGACACCUCAGCUGAAAUUUCAAAGAUCACCCAAGAAGUCUACUUUCCUGGAUUCGACAGACAGAAACUACCUGAUGAAGUUAUGGGCCAAACUGUCAGCCAAAAAAACACCCGUGGAAAAAACUUCUUUAGAGAGACAGUAUGAGACAGCCCGGCGGGCCCUAAUGGGAAAGAUACCUCCUCAUCACACACUCCUAUUUCAAAGGGGUUCAGUACCAGCACCCACCAAUGAUGUACAUUACUUCACAGCCUUAGAACUGCAGAAAAGUGUGGAGAUUUGUGAAGAGGAUUUUUUAAAAAUUCCCUUUGGGGAACAUCUUGAAAAGAGGUGAGCUGAGUUUUGUUGGAGGGAAUCGGCUAUGU